UGCAUUGCGGCGCGCGGAGCCCGAGGCCCUUCAUUGCAGAAGCGGCAGCGCGGCGAGUGGCCGCCGUCGUGAGGCCGGACAGCAUGGAAGUGAAGGAUGCAAGCUCUGCACUGCUCAGUAACUAUGAGGUGUUCCAGUUACUAACUGAUCUGAAAGAGCAGCGCAAAGAAAGCGGGAAGAACAAGCACAGCUCUGGGCAGCAGAACCUGAACACCAUCACCUACGAGACGCUAAAAUACAUAUCAAAAACACCGUGCAGACACCAGAGUCCUGAAAUUGUCAGAGAAUUUCUUACAGCAAUGAAAAGCCACAAGUUGACCAAGGCUGAAAAGCUGCAGCUGCUGAAUCACAGGCCUGUGACUGCUGUUGAGAUCCAGCUGAUGGUGGAAGAGAGUGAAGAGCGGCUCACGGAGGAGCAGAUUGAAGCUCUUCUCCACACUGUCAUGAGCAUUCUGCCUGCAGGGCCAGAGGCUGAGCAGACAAAGAAUGCCAGUAGCGAUGCAGCAAUGGACGAAGAGGACCCAGCAUAGAGGAGCCCGGUGGCCAUUUCCUGGACAUACAAAGGAUUGCUUAUUUGACUUUACCCUCUAUCCCAAUAGGCCCAAUUUCAUGGUUAGUUGGGGGGAAAAAAUCACAAAAAUAAGCUGAAAAGAAAUGUCUGUGCCUCAGGGAGAAGAAACAUGGUGGAGGCAGCUGAGGUUGUCAAGGCAGAGAGCUGAAGAGGGGAGAACAAUGACUGGACCUCUCUGUGGUAGAAAUACUUCCUCUGUGGCCUUUGCCACAGCUGUGGGAGGUCUGUAUACACAGAUGGCAAAAUGCUCUUGCCUUUGAUGGGCUCUGUCUUAAUGAAUUUCAUCUGCUUCCCUAGGAACUUCCCAAGUCCCAAGCUCAGUGUGCUGUUGGGAUGUGAGCUGAACUGUGAGAACAAUUAGCUGGCUCAAGACUCCCAGAGCAGCACAUAGUGGCUCUAGAUUAAAAUGAACCACAAAGUUGGCUCACCUUAAAGGAACUUCCUUGAGAGCAGAGAUAAGAAAAAGAGAGAAGACUGUGUCCAGCCUGCCCUUCUGAGGUUUUCUAAAUGCCCCUUUCUUUUGCCCAAACAGACUUUGUUUACUGACCUACUAAUGAGUCUUGAAUGUUAGAGACCAACUCAUUCCAAUUCAAGGUAGAAACUCUAAACAGUAUGACAGUGGCAACAGGAAUACUGUGUUGGCUGUCUUUCUGACUGAGUCAGCAGCCCGGGCCACACACUGCCUGUUGAGACCAGGUGAGCUUUGUUUGCAUGAUGGGCAAGUCAUUUACACCUUUAAAAGGGGCACAAUUAUUUAGCUCUUUUGUGAACAGAUCAUGUAAAAACUGGAGGUUGAAAAAAUAAACCAGAAGAUGAUUAAUAAGA